AGCGCCUCUGGUUCCUGAUCCUCACCUCAUCCUUCUUCUUGACUCUGGUCUGGUUUUACUUCUGGUGGGAAGUUCACAAUGACUACAAUGAAAUCAACUGGUUUUUAUAUAACCGAAUGGGAUAUUGGAGUGACUGGUCUAUUCCAAUACUUGUAACAACUGCUGCUGGCUUUACGUACAUUACAGUGUUAUUGAUACUAGCACUAUGUCACAUAGCUGUGGGACAGCAAAUGAACCUACACUGGCUUCACAAGAUUGGCCUGAUGACGACCUUGAUAACCACCGUGGUGACAAUGUCAUCGAUAGCACAGCUCUGGGACGACGAAUGGGAGAUGGUAUUUAUCUCACUGCAGGCCACAGCCCCUUUCUUGCACAUAGGAGCACUUGCAGCAGUCACAGCCUUGUCAUGGUUGAUAGCGGGGCAGUUUGCACGAAUGGAGAAAGCCACUUCUCAGAUGCUGAUGAUCACUGCAUACCUCGCGGUCGUAGUUGCACUUUACCUCGUCCCCCUCACCAUCUCAUCCCCUUGCAUAAUGGAGAAGAAGGCUCUGGGACCAAAGCCAGCCAUCAUAGGUCACCGUGGGGCACCGAUGUUGGCACCAGAAAAUACCCUGAUGUCCUUCCAGAAGGCAGUGGAGCAGAAGAUAUAUGGAGUCCAGGCUGAUGUUGUACUAAGCUAUGAUGGAGUGCCAUUUCUGAUGCAUGACAAGACACUCAGGAGAACAACGAAUGUGGAGGAAGUGUUUCCAGGGCGGGCCUACGAACACUCUUCCAUGUUCAACUGGACUGACCUGGAAAUGCUCAAUGCUGGAGAGUGGUUCCUACGGAACGACCCUUUCUGGACAGCUGGAUCCCUCUCAAGGUCUGACUACUUGGAAGCUGCAAACCAGUCUGUCUGCAAGCUAGCAGAUAUGCUGGAGGUGAUCAAGGAUAAUACAUCACUCAUCCUGAACUUCCAGGACCUGCCACCAGAUCAUCCCUAUUACACGUCUUACAUCAACAUCACCCUGAAGACCAUCCUGGCGUCGGGAAUUCAGCAACGAUCUGUGAUGUGGCUGCCGGACACGGAGCGGCAGCUGGUCAGGCAGAUUGCUCCAGCUUUCCAGCAGACUUCUGGCCUCAAGUUGGAUGCAGAGCGCUUGAGAGAGAAGGGCAUCGUGAAACUCAACCUGCGUUACACCAAGGUCACGAAUGAGGAUGUCAGAGACUACAUGGCAGCAAACCUGAGCGUGAAUCUGUACACUGUGAAUGAGCCCUGGCUGUACUCCAUCCUGUGGUGCACUGGUGUCCCGUCGGUCACCUCCGACAGCUCCCACGUCCUUCGCAAGGUGCCUUUUCCCAUCUGGUUGAUGCCUCCAGACGAGUACCGCCUAAUCUGGAUCACAUCCGAUCUCAUUUCAUUUAUCAUAAUUGUAGGAGUUUUUAUAUUCCAGAAGUGGCGCUUAGGAAGCAUCAGGACCUACAACCCAGAGCAGAUCAUGCUCAGCGCUGCCGUCCGCCGGUCCAGUCGGGAUGUCAAGAUCAUGAAGGAGAAGCUGAUCUUCUCAGAGAUCAACAGCGGCGUGGAGACCACAGACGAGCUGUCCCUCUGCUCUGAAAAUGGCUAUGCCAACGAGAUGGUCACCCCCACGGAUCAUCGGGACACCAGGCUGCGGAUGAACUGAGGGGCUCCAGCCCAAGCCCACGUCUGGCCGACCCCGUGUUUGCAACGAGAGCUGCGCUCUCCUGCUCUCCAUGGGAUGGGAAACUUUGAUGAACUGCUGGCCGGGCAGAGAUCCCUUUCCAUUCCACCAUCAGUGGCUGCUCCACCUCUCUGGUUCUGAGAUUGAGGGGCUUUUUUUUUUUUUUUUUGUAAAUAUGUAGAAAAUCUGAAUUCCUUUUUGUCUUUUUUUCUUUUUUUUUCUUCCUUGAGUGUAAUUUUUCCAGGGCAUGAGUGGAAAUACCGUGUUCAUUAAACCCUCUACGUUAUGGCUGAAGUUAUUUGAACCUUGACGUGACAGCCUGAGUCCCCCUGGGGGGAGUUUGGGACAGUUCCCCCCCACCCUGCUCCAUUCCUUCCCUUGAUGCAUCGACUGUGUAGCUGAAUUGUUUAAACUGUAUGUUGUGAA